AACUCAUUAUGUAACUCCAGUAUAAAACAUCCUGUGACUGUCGGGUCACGUUCAGCAAGCACAGGGAGAGGAGACGCUGGAAUCGGACAGAUCAUUCCUCCUACUCGGGGCGAGCAGGAACAUAACAGCAGGGGCUGGCCUUUCUGUUUUUGCUCACUAAUUUGGUCUGAGGGUUUCUAAGCGAAGAAAUGGAUUUUAUCGUGCCUCCCACCAUGACAACUGGUGGUAUCCAGUGGGAGAAAGUUUUACCUCCGCGGCUGAACGGGUCCCAUGGUUAUUAUAACUGGUCGCCUUCAUUAUUGAUUCCAGAGACUGAUAAUGUCAGUUCUGCAGAGGUCCACUGUGAUGACAUCGGAUUUACGGUUCAAGUUGAUGUAAAGCAGUUCAACCCAGAGGACCUGCUGGUCAAAGUCGUGGGGGACUUUGUAGAAGUGCAAGGAAAACACAAAGAACUGAAGAAGGAGGGCCACGGCUUUACAACGCUGCAGUUUAACCGCCGCUACCGAAUCCCAAAGGGAGUGAACAUCAUGGCGUUGGAGUCAGCAGUCUCCCCGGAAGGCAUCCUCAUCAUAUCAGCGCCAAUGUUGCAGACUGAAAGCACCAGAUGCCUGACUUAGCACACAAGCCUCUGCCAUCUUCACCAUAUAAGAAAAUAAAAGAGCAGCGGCCUUUCUAAACACACAGACACAAACAGA